AUGAAGACUGCCUAUCCCGGCUAUGAGGCCAACAAGAAGACCACCAUCAUUGCUUUUGAUGUUAGCAAGGAUUACUACAACAUCCUUGGAAUCACCGCUGGCACCAUCGGUCAUCUGAACUCCGCAUACCUCAAGCAGUCGCGCCGCUGGGCUCCUUGCACGUUCGAUGGGAUCACCGAAUUCCUAGAUCUGCUGAAGCAGGCUCAUGCAACCCUUAGCAACCCAGUCAGCAAAGCAGCUUACGAUGCAGCCCGUAUCCAACGCAUAGCCUCAGAGCCGGAUCUGCUGCCGAAAAUUCAAGCAUUUUCCGCGGAUCCUGAGCUCAACCGCUUGUUCCCCUGGUACGAUAAUGUCGAAGAAUGGGAACUCAGUCGGGCUGCCGAAGAUUAUGACGACGGAUAUUCGUCCUCUUCAACGGUCAGCAGUAUCGAGACCCGCAACUACGGGAUCCGUGGACAAUCCUCGCUUUAUAAGAUUCGAAGGACUGUAAAACCUCAGCCCGCGGUAACGACAGAGGACUUGACUCCUCUACCAGCGGAAGAAGCGCACUCACCGGAUCCGAUAAAAGACUAUGUCUUGUUUCACUGGCCACCGCGCAAGCCAGCGCGCGAGUGCGUCUUUGCUGACUACUUUUAUGACGACCUUACCGACAAACCUAUUAUUGCGGACCUGCGGCGCCAUCAUAAGCAAGCUCAGGCGGCGUGGCGCGCCGCCCAAAGCUGGGUAGCUAGGCCUGCCUGGAAUUGUGACACUUGCAAGCACAAACCGGAGAUGUACAAAGUAAUUGAAGCCAGGUCGUGGAAGGAUCAUCUUGAACAGGCGAGGACGCUGAGGAGAGAAGAGAAGACGCGAAGAAAAGAGGAAAGGAGGCUGCUGCGAAGACAUGAGAGGGACGCCCGGUCGCGCGAGAGAUAG